AAUGAAACUAGGAAAGGUUAAAGUUCAAGAGAACUAGAGUUUUGUACUACUACUACUAAAGUAGAAUCUGGAUUUUUAUCUACAUCUUCAUACUUCAUGAUCUUUGGCCAGAUAUAGAUUCUAGAUAUUUCUAGACGUCUAGAUCUAUGUAGUUUCGAAACAGAUCUGCAUGACUAGAUGUAGAUCUAGAUUGAUACUACAUUUAUUCAAACUCUAACGUUAAUUAAAGUUUAAACAAUGGCGUCUUCAAUAUCAAUACCUCGGCGCAUUCCACUUCUUUUGAUUACGGAUAAUGUACUUCUUCCAGGGUCGUCAAUGAGAAUUCCCGUCAGGAGUCUUAAAAACAUGAAUAUGGUGAAGAGUCGUUUGCUUGGACAGAGUACCUUAAAAAGCACGAUUAUUGGAGUUGUUCCCAAGACCAGUGGCUCUGAUGAUGUUGAUGAAGACCUUUCAAGUCUACACCCAAUAGGAACUGCAGCAGUUGUCGUUCAAAUAACUGGAACCAACUGGCCCAGACCAGCCUAUACUUUGCUCGUGACAGGACUUUGCCGUUUUAGAGUGGAGUCACUUUUGCAAGAAACUCCAUAUCCAGUUGCUAGUGUCAAACAGCUUGACAAGUUAUCUGAUUCUGAUAAUGAAGAAAUCCAGUCCAGUGAAGAACUUGGCACUCUGGCAGAAAACUUCAGAGAACAUGCUGCAGAGUUAGUGGACAUGUUAGACACUUCACUUCCUGUAGUGGCAAAGUUAAAGAAAAUGUUGGACUCAGUACCCAGCCAGCACCUGCCAGACAUCUGCUCCACCAUUGUCAAAGCUUCAUUUUCAGAAAAGAUUGAAGUCUUGGAUGCUGUGGAUCUAGUGGAAAGAUUUAAGAAAGCGCUGCCUCUAUUAAUUAGACAAAUUGAGGGGUUAAAACUUCUCAAGAAAGCCAGAAAAGAAGGAAAUGUUGAGAUAGUAACCAGGAAAGAAAUGAGCCGUCCUCUAAAUAUUAGAGGAAUGUUUCGUAAACAAGAUGCUGACAUUGAUGAUGAGGACAGGGACGAUGAUAUUGAUGACAACAGUGACCUAGAAGCCAAAAUUAAGGGUGCUAAUAUGCCAGAACAGGCUUUGAAGUCAGCUCAAAAAGAGUUCAGGAGACUGAAGAAGAUGCCUGCACACAUGCCCGAACAUGCUAUGAUAAGAAAUUAUCUGGAACUGAUGACCGAACUGCCAUGGUCUAGGGGAACAAAGGACACGCUAGACAUUGUUCAAGCCAAAAAAGAUUUAGAUGCAGACCACUACGGACUUGACAAACUCAAGAAAAGAGUCAUUGAAUAUCUGGCUGUUCGUCAACUCAAGAACUCCCUCAAAGGUCCUAUUCUGUGUUUCGUUGGACCCCCAGGUGUUGGUAAGACAAGCGUGGGAAGAUCCCUGGCCAACACAUUGGGACGUGAGUUUCAUAGAAUUUCUCUUGGGGGUGUGUGUGACCAAUCAGAUAUCAGAGGACACAGAAGGACAUACAUAGGCUCCAUGCCAGGUAGAAUCAUACAAGGACUUCGUAUUGCUAACACCAAUAACCCAGUCUUCCUUCUUGAUGAGAUAGAUAAACUGUCUAAAGGUAUCCAUGGUGACCCAGCUGCAGCUUUGCUGGAAGUUUUGGACCCUGAACAGAAUCACAGUUUUGUUGACCAUUAUCUGAAUGUUCCAUUCGACUUGUCACAAAUAUUGUUCAUAGCAACAGCCAAUAAUAUGGCAACUAUUCCACCAGCACUUCUAGAUAGAAUGGAGCUCAUUCAGAUUCCAGGCUACACAUUAGAAGAAAAAUUGCACAUUGCAGACCGCCAUUUGAUUCCUAAACAGUUUAAAGAGCAUGGGCUUAGCAAUGAACAUCUGCAGAUACCCAGUGAUACUAUCAAAUUAAUUAUCGCCAGCUACACGAGGGAAGCAGGUGUUAGAACAUUGGAGCGAAGGAUUGCUGCUGUGUGCCGAGCCGUUGCAGUGAAAGUUUUGAAGUCAUCCAGUAGCAGAAAUCUAAAAGCUGACACAGUAAAGAAAGAUAAAGGCCAAGAGACCAACAUAGAAACUGCUGGAGACUCAUCUGCAUUCAGCUAUCCUCCAGAAAUGCCAAUAAUCAUCGAUGAAGCUGCUGUAGAGGACAUAUUGGGACCAAUCAUCUACCACCAAGAGAUGUCUGAGAGACUGUCACAGCCAGGAGUUGCGAUUGGUUUAGCUUGGACAGUCAUGGGAGGAGAAAUCAUGUUUGUCGAAGCUACACGCAUGGCUGGGGAUGGCAAGAUCACGUUAACAGGUCAGCUUGGGGAGGUUAUGAAAGAAUCAGCAUCCCUGGCUCUGAACUGGGUCCGAGCCAAUGUCAAAAAGCUUCAUUUGGAUAGCUCCAAAGAUUUGUUAAAAAACACUGACAUACAUAUUCACUUCCCUGCUGGAGCUGUGGAAAAGGAUGGUCCUUCGGCUGGUAUCACUAUUGCCACUGUACUGACAUCAUUGUUUGGUGAUAGGUGUGUCAGGUCUGACACUGCUAUGACUGGGGAAAUUACUCUAAGAGGACUUGUACUUCCUGUUGGUGGCAUCAAAGAAAAAGUCUUGGCAGCUCACAGGGCUGGAAUUCAGAGAGUCAUUUUACCUCAAAAAAACAUGAAAGAUUUGCAUGAAAUUCCUGAUCAUAUUAAGAAAGAAAUGAAUUAUAUAUUUGUGAAGACUUUGGAGGAUGUUUUGAAUGCAGCUUUUGAGGAUGGUUAUCCUGGCCUCAACAAAAUGACAACAUUGCCAGCCAAGUUGUGAAAGUUUGAAAAGAUUCUGCAACAUUCGUUUCCAAAUUUUAUUUCCUGAACUGCAAUGAAUAUUUAAAUGUGUUACUGACAAUAUGUUAUUUAUUUUAGUCAGAAAAUAUUUGCAUUAUGUGAGCCACUUGUUGUUUCAAUCUCUCUUGAGUAAAAAUUGGAAAUUGGUUUUUGUGAUAAUUAAAUGUGGCCAUAAAAUUUAAAUAGUUUUCUCAUCCAUUGCAUUGCUGAAGUAUCUAGACUUGUUAAUAAAAUUGUCUACAAUCCCGAACUUUUUUUUUUCCCCCACUAACCUCUAUUUCAUCAUUGUAUUUAUUGAGGGAUUGGAGAAUUGUUACUGCCAACUUACAGAAUUUUUUAUUUUUUUUUAUGUUUGUUUAUGUAGAUCUAGAUUGAAUUACCUUGACCAAAUUUUAAAAUACUAUUGAGCUCAUGCAGCGGUUCAAAUGUUGACAUAAUCUGACCAGACUUGCAUUAUUCGAUAGGGCACUUUGUAUUAUGAAGCAAGGAAUUCAUGGCACAGAGACUGUGAUUUUUUAUACUUUGUAUGUUCUGUCUGUCAUGAAUAAAAUAAGUCAAGACUGUUUUCUUUAGCGAUCCCAUUUAAUGCCAUUAAAGAUUACAUCACACUUUACUUGUACAGAUAACAAAGAAUGUCAAUAAACUUGUAUUUUCAGUGUGCAAUA